AUGGCGCCCAGAAAAGCAAAAGCAAAAAAGGCUCCAGCUAAAAAAGCCUUGGCAAAACCAACUUCCACUUCCAGUACUUUCACUGCCUCUCAGGCCAAGGAGCUGGAAAAGCUUCUGAAAGCGAAGAAUGCUGCAGAAUCAGCUCAAGAACAGGAGAAAAAAAAGGAAGAGGAGAUGGAAAGUGAGAAGGAACCUGAUAUUUCUGAAGACGAUAAUGUUUCUCCACCGCCUUCUGAGCCUCGUAAUCACUCACACACCAGAACUAGUCCUCCAUCCUUGAUAGGUGGUCCCUCCAAAAAGCCCCACUUACAAACAUUGUCCCGUCAAAAGGUCAAUACUAUUUCAGACUUACUUGCUCAUAAUGGCUUUUCCUUGGAGGAAGAAGGGGGCGUGGUACCAUCUAGAGAUGAACAGGAGGAGCAGGACACAGAGGUGAAUGUUUCUCUCAAAAAGAGAAAGAAUACAGUUUUGGAAGAUCAAGAGGUAGAAGUGGGAGAUGAUGGCGACUCUAGGAAUACUCCUACAUCAGGCAGGACAUCAAACUGGAAGGCCAAGGUCAACUUAUCUGAGUUUUCUACACCUCAUGUUCGCCACAUCGCGCAGUUGGGAAACAGAGAUAUGAGACAUCAUGGAGUACUAGUUGAAGGUUUUCCUUCUACUAUUUACAAAGAGGAUAAAUCUUGGGAAGUGCUAACUCUCGCAACAUCGGCUCAUAAGAAUCUCCAGAUUCGUCUUAAGGAGGUGGAAGAUGAUUUGGAUAUAAAGGAUAUGUUGGUUAAUUAUAUGAAUAGGCAUGGGCAAGGUCUGCGUUCUAUGAGAGCAAAGCUCAUGAUCAAAGCUAGACAAAGAGCACCCACAUGGUACGGUCUUACCAAUCUUGAGCCUGGAGAGGAGAUUGCUUCUGCUUGUCAAUGGCUUUUGCAAGAAAACAGAUUCUUAUAUGGAGGGGUCGAUAUCAAGGAGAGAACUUAUGAUCGUACCAAACCUUGGCUAAAUCUUGGUCUUGUGUAUUUGAUAGGAGAUCAGUUCUGGACUAUCAAGGGAGAUGCAAUGAAAAUGGGUAGGGACAAUAAUAGAUACAUAGAUUUUCCAGAUCCUUUAUUGGCUUUGAGCGCCAGUGCAAUUCAAUGCUCUCUAAAAGGCUUCUCCAUCAAUGGCAAACUCAAAGGCUCUGGUAGUGUGGUGGCUUUCACCGAUGAGAAUUUUCACUCUGAGUGGAUGACCUACAUCACUCUUCUAGGAGAUUUCAAGAUCAAGACACCCUCUUUCUAUAAGCUUAUGAAGAUUGAUAUGUUAGAGGUGCUAGUUAAGAUGUCCUCUGAGGCUGCCAAUAUAAUGAAGUAUUCCACCUCAGUAAUGUCUGUUGAUAUGGACGCUCUUAAAGAAGCCGCUAAGCAGAGGCUGGCUGAAAAGGAGGUUUAUUAG